UGAUAUCUUUCUUUCGCCUCACUCUCUCUCUCUCUCUCUUCCAACUUCCCCCAAAAUUUAUCUAAAAAAUUAAAAACAGAAAAUGGGAGAGGAGAAAGCAAAGCCAGUCGUCGCCGGAGUAUGGCCCACCGUGAAACCCUUUGUUAACGGCGGUGCCUCCGGUAUGCUUGCUACUUGUGUCAUCCAGCCUAUUGAUAUGAUUAAGGUGAGAAUCCAACUGGGGCAAGGUUCUGCCGCAUCGGUGACGAAGAAUAUGCUCAAGAAUGAUGGUGUUGGAGCUUUUUACAAGGGUCUCUCUGCUGGGCUUUUAAGGCAAGCCACUUACACCACUGCCAGACUUGGUACAUUCAGGAUUUUGACGAACAAGGCACUUGAAGCAAAUGAGGGAAAGCCUCUUCCUUUAUAUCAGAAAGCUUUGUGUGGGUUGACAGCUGGAGCAAUUGGAGCAUGUGUGGGGAGCCCAGCUGAUCUGGCACUGAUUCGUAUGCAGGCUGAUGCCACCCUGCCCCUUGCCCAAAGGCGUAACUACACAAAUGCAUUCCAUGCUUUGUAUAGGAUCACCGCAGAUGAAGGGGUAUUGGCUCUAUGGAAAGGUGCUGGCCCAACCGUUGUAAGAGCAAUGGCAUUGAACAUGGGAAUGCUUGCCUCUUAUGAUCAGAGUGUCGAGUUUUUCAAGGAUAAUCUGGGUUUUGGUGAAGCUGCUACAAUUCUGGGGGCAAGUUCGGUAUCAGGGUUCUUUGCUGCAGCCUGCAGUUUGCCUUUUGAUUAUGUUAAAACCCAAAUCCAGAAGAUGCAGCCCAAUGCAGAAGGGAAAUACCCUUACACUGGAUCUUUGGAUUGUGCUAUGAAAACCCUCAAGGCUGGUGGACCUUUCAAAUUCUACACAGGAUUCCCUGUAUAUUGUGUUAGGAUUGCCCCUCAUGUCAUGAUGACAUGGAUCUUCCUCAAUCAAAUUCAAAAACUAGAGAAGAAGGCUGGAUUAUAAUAUAACAUCUUUCUUACGGGAAUAGAGAAUCCAUAUGAAGCCAAGCACUAUCAGAAAUAACAGUGUUGUACUUGUUGCAGGUUUUGCUCGCUUAGCAUCUCCAAGUAUACUUAAUUUCAGACAAUUCUAUUUUUGAAAUGAUUAUAGCAUUAAUCUAUUGUCUUAUGCUUAAAACUUUUAGGGUAGAAUUAAUUUUGCAGACGUUUGUUAUCCCCUUUCAUAUCACCGUAAUCAAGGCUCGUGCCUUGAAUCAGAAUUUGAUUGGAGCAAAUAAAUUUAUGUACUCUAGAUCACCCUGAUUCAUUCAAAAUGUUGUUUUGCAAUUUAA